AUGUCGUCGCUGCGUGUGCGCACGAAGAACAAACUGCUGACGGCGCUGGGCGCGACCAAGCCAAGCACCAACGUGGCGUAUGAUCUGGCGUACUCGGACUUCGAGUCCACCCUGCAGCGGCUGAUGACACUGGACACAGCUCUGAAGAGCUACGCAGGCUCGCUCAAGACAUUCCACGGCGCGGCGAGUACAGUGGUCGGUGCCAUUGACGGUCUGUCGUCGGGAGGCACCGGCACUUCGAGUUUCCAGCAGAAACCUGUCGGAGCUUCCGAGAUGCAGCAGUUCGCCGGCGAAGCUCGCGUGGCGUGCGCUGACGUGGACACGUUGGUGCUUCAGGAAGCGUAUGGUCGGCUCGAGCAAGAAGUUCUGCUGCCGGUUCGAGGCUGGCUGCAACACGCGCGCAGUCUCCAAAACGAGGCCACCGCCUUCCUGGAGCAGAAGGCCCUCUACGACCACUACUCGCGUAAGGUGGCGGCGCUGCGUGAGUCGCACGAGAAGCGCGCGAGCUCGGGCCGCAACGAGAAGUCCAAGGACACGGAGCGCAUGUUCCGCAACGAGCAGAAGCUGGCAGCCACCACGCAGGAGUACACGCGUCUGUCGGACACGGUGAUCCGCGACCUCCGCGCGUUCGUCAUGUCCCGAGACGCUGCGUUGGCGCCACUGCUUCGUCGUGUCCUGCGUGGCCGCGUGGUCUACGCGGAUCGCAUGCAUGAAGCUACAGGACGCAUCCGUGCGUUGAUCGAGGAUGGAGUGGAGGAGAGCGACGAUGGCGGAGUGCUCGGCCAGUUCAUGACGGUGGCUCAAGGCGGCGGCCCCGUCGGAUCCGCAGCGAUCAUGGCAGCAGCGACCAACCCCCACCCAGCGCCCUGCACCGUGCGCAAGUCGUCGUUCGAGGAGUUUGUGGGCGAGUCGGCUCCGAAUAUGGCCACGCGCAAGUCUUCCAGUAUGGAUGACGGCUGGGCGGCGUUCGCAUCGCCCCCGCCGCCCCCACCAGAGCACGAGAUGCAGAUGCCAUCGCCUACCAACGGAGCGAGCUACGGGUUCUCGGAGCCGCACUACACGCCGCCGCACGCGGUGCCGCAGUUUAUGACGGUGAACACGCCGUCGAGCGCUGCUGCGAACAGGUCGGGGUGGGGCGACGAGUUCCCAGCUCCAGUGUUCUCGACCAUGCCGGCCAGUGCUGGAAUGGGGAUGUCGAUGGUUCCGAGCCCCCCGCCCUCGCCGACUUCGGUGUCGUCGAACCCCUGGGACGCCUUCCCGUCCGCCACAGCACCAGCAGCGGAUGUGUUCCAGAGCGGCGAAUGGGGCGCUGCGGUGUCGAGUCAAGCUCCGUGGGGGCAGCAACAGCAGCAGCAAGUGCCUGUGGCUGAAUUCCGAGAUAUGCACAUGAAUGCUCUGGGCGGUGAGGCCGGUUCGUACCGCUAG